CAGACUGACAUUCAUUCAACACUCACUGCCACCUUAAGCAGAUUACUCUGUCUGCUAGCUGCUAGUGUCAAUACCAAUACCUUGCUCACUUUUUCACUUUGUCUCCAGCACCAUACUCAGGAUGCUACAGAAACUCCAGCUCCACCCGGGGAUGGUUCUAUUAUUGAUAUGGCUCUGUCAUUUCAUGGAAGAUCAAAAAGUACAAGCUGGGAACUGCUGGUUACAGCAGGGGAAGAACGGGAGGUGUCAGGUGCUCUACAUGCCGGGAAUGAGCCGAGAAGAGUGCUGCAGAAGCGGGAGGCUGGGGACGUCUUGGACUGAGGAGGACGUACCCAACAACACCUUGUUCCGGUGGAUGAUCUUCAACGGCGGAGCCCCCAACUGCAUACCCUGCAAAGAAACGUGCGACAACGUGGACUGUGGACCUGGGAAGAGAUGCAAGAUGAACAGGAGAAGCAAGCCUCGCUGCGUCUGCGCGCCAGACUGCUCCAACGUCACGUGGAAAGGACCUGUCUGCGGGUCGGAUGGAAAGACAUACAAAGACGAGUGCGCGUUGCUCAAGUCCAAAUGUAAAGUCCACCUGGACCUGGAGGUGCAGUACCAGGGCAAAUGCAAGAAGACCUGCCGUGACGUCUUGUGCCCGGGAAGCUCCACAUGCGUCGUGGACCAGACGAAUAACGCAUAUUGUGUGAUGUGUAAUCGGAUCUGCCCUGAACAGACGUCACCGGAGCAGUUCCUGUGUGGCAACGACGGGAUCAUCUACGCCAGUGCAUGUCAUCUGAGGAGGGCGACAUGUCUCCUGGGCAGAUCCAUAGGAGUAGCAUACCAGGGGAAAUGCAUCAAGGCCAAGUCGUGCGAGGACAUCCAGUGCAGCGCGGGGAAGAAGUGUCUGUGGGAAGCCAGGAUGAGCCGAGGCCGCUGCUCCCUCUGUGAGGAGGCGUGUCCGGAGAGCCGGACGGACGAGGCGGUGUGUGCCAGUGACAACAACAACUACCCCUCAGAGUGUGCAAUGAAGCAGACCGCCUGCUCUCUGGGAACGCUCCUGGAGGUUAAGCAUUCAGGAUCUUGCAACUCCAUUACAGAAGCCCCGGAGGAAGAAGAGGAGGAGGAGGAGGAGCAGGAAGAUCAGGACUACGCGAUUCAUAUCCACCUGUCCUCCUUAUUGGAUGGAUAGGCUGUCUGUCAUAUCCACCUGUCCUCCUUAUUGGAUGGGAUAGGCUGUCUGUCAUAUCCACCUGUCCUCCUUAUUGGAUGGGAUAGGCUGUCUGUCAUAUCCACCUGUCCACCUUAUUGGAUGGGAUAGGCUGUCUGUCAUAUCCACCUGUCCACCUUAUUGGAUGGAUAGGCUGUCUAUCAUGUCCACCUGUCCUCCUUAUUGGAUGGAUAGGCUGUCUAUCAUAUCAACCUGUCCUCCUCAUUGGUGGAUAGUCUAUCUUCCUCCCCUCCUUAUUGGUUGAUAGACUGUCCUAUCUAUCUGCCUACGUGGUCUGCACUAGGGCCAGGAACCAUGUCCAUACUGUACAGUACAUGUGUGUAUGUGUAUUUAUUUUUUAAAGAGACAAAAGUAUACAUAUAGUUCAGUUCUGCUCUAGAUGUUUUAUUUAUAAUGUGGUUUGUGUUUUUAUAAUUUAUACAGUUACAACGUUCUUCCUAUCUACCGUGUUAUUGUUACCGCCUGUUCUUUUCACUCUCCUUUUAUUCUUCUUUAUGUUUUUUAUUAUGAAGAAAUAUAUUCGUCCAAAGAGAAGCAGUGUUAUUUAUUGAGUAAAAGUAUCCGUCUCCUUUCUGCAAGCUGUAAAUAGUCUUCCCUGAGCUGCGACGAACCCGCUUACGUUCUCACUGUCAGACAUCUUUAUUAUCACAGAUGUUUUAUCAUUCACACAUGAACGCAUGUUUAGCCUACUGUGUGUUUAUUUCAUG